CCUCCUCCCCAUAACCAAACCCCUCCUUUGUGUCUUUGGCGCCGUUCCUAUAUAAAGAGGGAACAGGACCCGCUCCUAAUUAUUUCUUAAUUUUUUUUUGGAGCCUCGCACCCACCGCCCGGCACCGACACAGCCGCCGCCAUGGACAUGAAGAAGAGACUGAACUUGGAGCUGAGGAACAGGAAAGCCGCCGAGGUUAAAGAAAUGGUUCUGGAUAACUGCCGUUCAGAUGGCAAGAUCACAGGGCUUACUGCUGACUUUGUAAACAUGGAGAUCUUAAGUAUGAUAAACAUCAACUUAUUGUCAGUGUCUAAUCUUCCCAAACUUGAAAAACUAAAGAAGUUAGAGCUUAGUGACAACAGAAUUUCUGGUGGUUUAGAGGUGCUUGCAGAGAGGACCCCAAAUCUGACGCACUUAAAUCUCAGCGGCAAUAAGAUUAAAGACAUCAACACCUUGGAGCCACUUAAGAAACUAACUCACCUCAUGAGUUUAGAUCUGUUCAAUUGUGAGGUGACAAUGCUGAAUAACUACAGAGAAAGUGUAUUUGCUUUGCUGCCGCAACUAACUUUCCUUGAUGGGUUUGAUGCUGAUGGUCAAGAGGCUCCAGAUUCUGACCCAGAACCAGAUGGGGAGGAUGCAGAUGAGAAUGGAGAAGAAGGAGAGGAAGAUGAAGAGGAGGAGGAUGAUCUUGAUGAAGAUGAGCUUGAUGAGGAUGAAGAUGUAGUAGAUGAGGAGGAUGUAGAAGAGGAGGAAGAGGGAGAUGAUGAAGAUGAGGAUGGGCACCAGGGAGAGAAACGGAAAAGGGAUUUGGAAGAUGAGGGGGAUGAAGAAGACUUUGAUGAUGAAGAGGAUGAUGACGAAUAAGACCCAAAAGGCUACUGGAUCUUUUUUUAUAUGGACUGUUGGGGCUGGCCACCAGUGCAUGUGGCAGUGUCUGCUGAUGAGUCACUGAAUACCGCUGUCAGCCACCUUGUUCAAAAUUCUUUCUUUUGUGUGUGUAGAUGUGUAGGGUUGAGAGAUGAGACUUUAUUCUGGUCUGAAUGAAUUUUGUUUGCCGCUUUAUUUAAUAAGAUGGCCGCCUGAGCUAUUUGCGGAGCCAGAUCGUAGGAUGCCUUCCCUUUAUAAUUUUUUUUUUUUUUUCUCAACCCCUCUUUCCCUGGAAUUUUCUGUGAAAGUUCUGUGGUUCCUCUGAUCUGUGAAUGGUGCACGGGUGUUUAAAUCUGAGUGAUUCCAAAGACAGUCUCCCUCCCUCUAUCCUGCAUCCUUCUUGUGUUCAGUCAUGCCUUAUUAUUCUGCUUUGUUUAUUCCAGACUCCAUGUAUGGUUAACAUUUGCGUAUUUUGGCAAUAAGAUUUAUGAUAAAAUUGUACAAAUUUGUCUUUUUCACAAAUUGAUUUCUUUCCCACUGCUCCUUCCUUUAAACACCCCCCCCCCACACACACACCACCCCAAAAAAACAAACAAAAAACAAAUCUGCACUGCAAGAUCUUUGUAUUGCUUCCUACUGACUAACCAUGCUAUCCUAGCAUAAUAGCUUUUCAUGGUUCUGAACUGGAAUUUAGUAGGGUUCUCAGGCCAAGUCCUGGUAUCAUCUGUUUGGUGUUGACCUUACCCCGUUUUGUAAACGUUAUGUGUAAAGGUCACUUCACAUUUUGUAGUGCCAGAUCAGGUUCAAGAAAGCUACCUGUAUAUCUGCAAUAGUAUUUCAGGGCUUUGCUUCAUUUCUUGUGCAUUGUCAUUGGCUAACAUCAGUGCUGCAAUUAAAAUACUUUUUUUUUGUAACUUUCAAUUUCCUGUUUAACCAUCCCUACCUCUAAUGUACAGCUGUAUCAAACUUGUGGUAACCCUUCCACUUGUUAUCAAAUGUGUAGAUGACAUGCAGGUCAAGUUUCCUUAACGGGUCAUGGUUUUUUGUUUUAAGCUUCACUAUGUAGGUGUGUUCUUGCAGGUUGUAAGUGUAUUUACUACAAAUUCUGAUGUAUUUCCCUUGCUUUUUGUGGAGGGAGAUUUAAGGUAUCCAAUCUAUACGAAAAACCUGACCUAUUAAACACCCAUGUCUUUGUAUUUGGUUGUUACAGAGCCUUUUUAAUAAAAUAUUUUGGGGGUUUUUAAA